AUGUCCCUGGUGUCUGUCCUCACUCAACUCCUCAAGAUCUGCUGCGGCGGUCAGCAGGAGUCAACAGGUCCGCAACAACAGGGUCAGCAGCAAUAUGGUGGCUAUCCCGGAGCUGUUUCACAGCAGGGAAACGCAUACCCCCCUCAACAGCAGCCUACAUGGGCCGGUGUCACUAGCCAAAAUCAGCAGGAAUUCCCCCCACUCAGCCAUCAACAGCAACAGCCUCAUCAGCAAGCCUGGCAGUCGGCACCUCAUCAGCAAAAUCACCAAUCAGCAGGCUGGCAGAGCCCACCCCAGACGAACGGGCAUAGUCCCGUCCACUUUCCAGCGGGCGGUGUUGUUGGUCCUCAUGCCGGUCAAAAUAUGAACAGCGAUAUGGUGAACGCGACCAAUCAGCAAUAUGUUGAUCUGCGGAACAAAGCGAGGAAAGAGGGCGAUGAGGCCCACAAGUGCUUUGCUGCUUCGCAAGCGGCUUACAAAUCUGGCGAUGGUGCCGCAGCUCACAACUUGUCGGUACAAGGCAAGAGUCACCAGAAGACCCAGGACGACCUGGAUGACCAGGCGUCUGCAUGGAUCUUUAAUGAGAACAACAAGGAUUCUCCUCUUGGUACCAUCGACCUUCACGGCCUCUACGUCAAGGAGGCUAUCGAGCGCACGGAGGCCGCCAUCAUCGACUCCCAGAGACAACGCCGUGAGGAACUGCGAAUCAUUGUCGGGAAAGGCUUGCAUUCGCAAGGAGGACAUGCAAAAAUCAAGCCUGCAGUGGAAAACUUGAUGCAGAAGUACAACCUUUCUGCAUACGUAGACCCGAGCAAUACCGGUGUCCUCGUCGUGGACCUCGAAGGGAAACAGUCUGGUUCGAGGUCGCGUGACAUUGGUGGAGUAGUGGACGCACUGGGUAAGGCAGACGAGGGUUGCACAAUUAUGUAG